CAAAUUGACAAAUGUUUGUUAUUGUUCUAAAAAUAUUAUUAUUUUCUUUACUCCCUUCUUAACAGGAAUUAUCAACAAUUAUCUAUUGAAUACUAUUGAAUUUCUAUUUUAAUUUCAAAAAAUACUUUUAGUUUUAAAAUAUAAAUUAAAAUUCAAACAAAUAAAUAAACCGAAAAAUCGGUAUAGGUCGUCUUCCAGGGUUAUAAGUAUAUAUGUAUCUAUAUAAAAAGAGAAUCGGAUGUAAUCGCGAAAUGUGAUGGAUGGACGGACAAUGGCGGCUGUUCUUCGAAUUGACAGCAAGUUUAUUUAGAAAAAACAUGAAAAAAAAUGUGAUCUUUAUGCUAUUUAAUGAAUAACAUUAGUUGAGAGGUGGAGGAUGAAAGAAAAUGACAAUGGGAGUUUAAAUUAUCAGGAAUUGAAUUGAAUGAAUGGAUUCGUUAUUGGCAUAUGCAGUUGACGAAUGUUGUGCAUUCGUAUGCCAAGUGAAUCAAAAGCUCGGCAAGAAGGCAGGAGCGAGCGUGCUAGCACGCCUAAGUGAUGAGCGAUUCUCGGCAUCAUCUUCGGUCUGUCUCGGAUUUAUAUGCAGCCGAUGAAAUAGAGGUACUUCUUUUAGAAGAAAUUCGCGACUUGGAGCCACCAAGUGCAUACUCACGACCCGAGGACAUUCAAGACUUCGAAAUUGCGGGGAGCAGAACAGGGGGGCGAAUCAGCUCCCAAUCUUCGGAGCUGGAUUCGCCGGGAAUCCAUUCAACGGUUCAUUCAUGGGACUCACACGCAAAUUAUCAUUGUGGUCAAGGGAGGCACGGAUCUUUAAAUGGAUUGCAAUGGCCUCGAAGCAGUCACGUUGUAUUAUACUGCGAUAUUCAAGGUCAUCUGAAAACAUCUACUGGCGUUAUUCGACUUUUGCUGCUUAUAUCGUCGGCAGCCUGCUUAGUGACGUUAUGUAGUUCAGGAACAGCGAAGGUCAGUCUUUUUAUGCUGCCCCUCGUUGGACGAUUAAGAUUCAUGAUCUUCGUUGCCGUCUUUUGUCUACUAGUCACAUCGUUACUUCUCUUUCUCGAUAUUUCGCACAUCAUCUAUUUCUUCCCUCUCAAUUGGCCUAGAUUGAAUACGUGGAUGUUCACUGGUCUGGGAGUGUCCUACGUGGUGAGCAGCGCGUUACUGGUGAGUUCAGUAUUGGAAUAUCACGGCGGUGGAUGGGUUCCUCGACGUACACGCUCCCAAUUAUCAGCCACCGCUGGAUUGGGCCUCUCGUGCGCUUUACUCUCAUUUCUCCUCUCCUGGAUUCACGGUCGUGGACGAACCACAUGUAAAGCUCAAUCCGGUCACGAGGACUCGGUCAAUCAGCAAUAUAAACCUGUAGAUAAUUCCACAUCAUCGGGGGCGACCCUGAAGGAGAAGAGUCCCAACAGAUGGACCGGAAAGAGUCAGCAAUCGAAAAAACGCGAUUCGGACAAUGCAAAUGCAAAUAACAGUCAUCGUGGCAAUAGUUACGAGAAUCGUUUUCAAAAGGGAAACAGAAAAGAUCACUGGGCAUCGGCGAGGCAGCAUUUCUUGAAUGACGACGAUGACAAUGAUGAUGUACAAAAGGACGAUAACGAGACAGAGCGUAAACGUCGAAGAAAGAAACGUGACGAAACAAGUAUAGGCGGUAAUGGAAGUUUAUCGGCAAGUAAAACGGGCACGAGCAUUAGUUUAGAGGAAUCGAAACCAAGGCGAGUGCCACAAAAAUUACCAUUAAAAAACAUUGAUCGACCGCAAUCGCGUUCGACGCCAAAAAAUACCGCCACAAAAUCAUCAUCAACUGUAAAAACAUCGAAAUCACAAAGCAAUGAUAUUCAAGCAUAUUGGAGUACAACGGAAACACGUCAAAUUGAAGUCACUGAAAAUGGUUUAAAUUGGGAGGCUGCCGAACCAAUGGCAGCAGCAGCAGUAGCAGCAGCGGCAGCAAAUAUCUCCAAAUCCGAUGCAAUUGAUAUCACUGAAAUUAAGACUUCAAUGUGGACUGAAAAAUGGCGACCACCACCAGACGAUGUACAACCAUGUUCCAGUAAAACUGUCGAUCCCUACACGUUUGCUUAAAGAAAAAAAAAUAAUCGAACUUUUACAAUUUAAAUAUAAAUUCACAGUUGUCAAUUGAAUUUUUCCUUUGCAAAUACUUUCAUAAAUUCAAUUAACGACAGUGAAAAAUGCAAUUCAACGAAGUGGUUAAAAGUUCUUUCAUGUACAGAAUCACCGAAAAUAAUUGUGUGUUAAAGAAAAUUUAUAUAUUGGCGACAAUCAACAGAAAUUAGAGAAAAUGACUGAAAUAUUUUCCAAAAUUUUCAUUUUUCUUCGGAUUGUAUUUGAACAAAAUAAUUGCUGUGAAUUUUUUUUAAAUUACAUUAAGUGUGUGUGUGACAAAAAUUUGAUUUUGUGUGAAGAAAAACAAAUUGUUCGAAUGGAAAAUUUUUCAAUUCAGUCAUUUUUUCUUCAGAAUCUUUUUUGUAUUUAAAAAAUAUACUUUAAGAUUCUGUGUAAACCGCCGUUUAAGUACUUCCCGAAAUAAUAUUGAAAAAAAACUGUAUAAAGUAUUAAGCCUUGUACAUUUUUAACUGCCAAUUUUGGUGUGUGUUUCGCAAAAAAAGAAAAAUGGCACUAUCGAAAAGCUGUUGAGAAAAGAAAACGAAAUAAGUAAAACUAAUAUAUUACAUUCCAUUUUUGUAAUAAUUAAGUUUUAGAUUAAGUUUUAGCAAAAAAGUGAAUCUCAGGUUAAUUUUCUCUUUUGACUAAAGUUAACAAUUAUUUUUUGAAUUGACAAUUUUCUACCCAGUGGGAAAAUUCGCAGAAUCUUUAAUUUUUUUUCAAAUUGGAAAAAAACAAAUUUUAUUUCAAAGUACAAAAAGAAUUGUCAAACUCAAAAAAUGAUUGUAGAUAAACUUGAGAUUUAACUCGUGCAAAAGAUUGCUAAAGAAAAACGAAUUAAAAUCUAGUCAUUUGUUCAGUAUUUUUUACUUUUUUUUAUAAGUAUAUCACUCGCUUUUAUUCUCAUUAGCUAAUUUUUCAAUUUUUACACUUUUACACGAAAUCUCGUCAAAAAUAACACGAAAUCUCGAAGUAUUUAGAAUUUUUUUAUCCAACUUUUUAAGCAAAGUGUAAAUAUUUUAUUUUCAAUUAUUAUAGAUAGAGCUCAAUAAUAUUAGAAUAAAAAAGAACGAUUCCGAUUAAACGAAACGAGAAAGCGCAAAGUUACAAAUUAAAAAGCCAGCCAACAAAAAAAAUGCCUUGUACUUAAAGAAAUUUAAACAAUAACACCGACAAUCAACAGGAAAAAAUU